AUGUUGCCGAAUAUUUCAUCAAAGAAAUUGGUGAUAAUGUCUUAAAAUAAGGAUUUAAAUUUAAAUAUUUAGUAACUUAAUUAAUUUAUUUAUUUCAAGAAUCUAAGAUAAUUAAUAAGUAAUUAAAGUAUUCAAUAUUUAGAUUUUGGUCAUAUAAUUAAAAAAAUGAGACUAUCUAUUGUUAUGAGCUUGAUUGGUAUUCAUAUUUAUAAAUCAUUUUCAUAGGGUUAAAAUUGAUACGCCAAAAGCUCCUGUUGAAAUCAAAGAUGGAUUUUUAUCAGCGGAGAUUUGUUUGAAAAUUGCUUGA